AUGGCCACAUCUCUUCCCUCGACUCCCAAACCUGCGCAAGCGGCAGCUCCCUUCUCUGUAGAGUCUGGGACACCAGGAAAAUGGCGCCACCCACAUCUCAAUGAGAUUGUUCGGCGCCAGAAUGCUGCGACAUUUAGCGACAAGAACCUCCGCAAGGUCAUUUGGAAUGGCGGCGCUCUGAUCUUGACCUGGGUCUUCGGAAACGGCCUCAAAGCUAGGUCGGUUAGCGAAACCACAAACUCUGCAACCCAUGAGCUGACCCAUUCCCUUUCAAGCUCUCGUCCAAUCUUCGAUAAAAACUCGACCUAUUCCGAAUUCACAUUGCUCUCCGUUCAGCUGUUCUUUGCCGUCAACGUCCUAAUUGCUCUCUACCCCCUCUUCCGGCCGAAGGACGACCUCUCUGACAUCCCCCUGACACCUACACAACGAGCACUCUUAGGAUUGGACCCGACGGCUACACCCCCGGGCACUCCUGGAACGACAUAUGUCACCCCGCCGAGGUACCGCGUGUCCACUUCGCGUAAGGGUAGCCCUGCAAGCCAAAGCGGCUCUCCAUUGUCCGCCACACCAACCUUCUCAGAACGCCGCGGAUCGUCGAGCACUCCAUUCUCGCCCAUUACUAGCCCAUUGUUUCAAAAGGCAGUUGCCAACGGAGGAAGAGAAACUAACCUGCGACAAAGCUUCGGGUCUUCCUCGUCCUUCGGACGAAGCAAUUCGUUUGGCGAGUCUACCAUGUCUAGCAUGUCUAGUAUCGGUCCUAGCAGCCCUUCGCCUUUGGCUGGCAAGCGUACUAGCUUGGGAUUGAGCAACAAAUGGCUGUAUGAGCGGAGUCGGAGACUUUCCGCUAGCAACGGUAGUCUCUGA